AUGUUAAUUUAUAUUAAUUAUGCAGGGUAUGUUAGUAGUAUGUAUUCUUAGAUCUGAAGCACUUAGUUUGCUGAAUUAAAUGCAACCAAAAUUCAAGGAGGAAUCAGAAUUAGGAUCAGAAGACUUAAUAUAUAAGAAAGCUACUGAAUAAUUAAAAUAAUAAAAGCCUCUUUUAUAGAUUGAUGAAGAAGAUACUAAAAAUGAAGUUUCUUUUAGAGAGUUUUAUAAAAAUGUGCGAUCUGGUAAACAUGAAAUAAUCAAAGAGGAGGAGGUUAAUAUUAUAGAACCAGAACAUAAAGAAAUUGAGAUUUAAUCUUACUUAUAAGAAUUAAGUGAUGGACUUGAACCAUAAAUUGAAAAUAUUGCGGAAACUGAUCUUUAGACUGAUCCUGUAAAAUUAGGAAAGUUUAAAAAAUACUUUAUAAAAGAGGAGGAACCAAAAGUAGAAACUAAAAUUGAUAAUCAAAUAAAAACUAAUACAGAAAAUAAUGAGCCUGUUGAAAAAAAAAUGACAUUAAGAGAAAAAUUAGAAUUGAAGAAGAAAUAGGCUCAAUAACCUCCAGUUAUAGCUGCAAUUUAAAUUAAAUAAGAAUAAAAUAGUUAAGAAUAAAUUACAGAUCAAACAGAUUAAAAUGUUUCCAAAACUACUUUAAUGAAAAAGAUUGAAGAAUUUAAGAAAUAAAAGUAAAAACAAUCUCCAGAAUCUUAAGAAAAAUAAUAACCAUAAGAAGAAAAUAUACAAUAAACUAAUAUUAAAUCAAUUAAUUAAGUUCCUGAGAAUCCCUUAAGAAAACUUUUAAAUAAAAAAGCAGAAGAAAAAAAAGAAAGAGAAGCUUAGUAAUAGGUUGAAAAAUAGACCUUAGAAAACUAAGAAUAAUUAAUUAAACCUACAUAAGAAGUAGAGUUAGAAUUAAAAUAAGUGGAUCAGAAUGAAAUAACAGAAUAAAAUUAAAAUGAAAACGAAAGCAACGAAUAGGAUUAAAAAGAGUCAUCAACAUUCUUUAAUGAUUCUUCAGAUCUUCCAAAUGAAUUAGAUUAAAAUUCAUAAGAUUAAUUAAAUCAAAAUGUAGAAGGUAAUAAUUAAUUAGAUUAAAAUGUAUAAGAAGAUAAUUAAUUAGAUUAAAAUUAAUAAAAUCAAUCUAAUUUAAAUCAAAAUUAAUUAGACCAAAAUGUAGAAGAUUCAAAUGAAUUAAAUCAAAACUUAUAAGAUUAAAAUUAAUAAGAUUAGAAUGAAUUAAAUCAAAAUUUAAAAGAGCAAAAUGAGUUAGAUUAAAAUUUUGAAGAUUAAAAUGAAUAAAAUCCAAAUGGAUUAAAUCAAAAUUUAUAAAAUUAGAAUGAAUCUGAUCAAAAUCAAUAAGAUUCAAAUGAAUAAGAGUAAAAUGAAUAAGUUCAAAAUAAAUAAGACUAAAAUGAAUAAAAGCAAAAUUUAUAAGAUUAAAAUGAAUUAGAUCAAAAUUAAGAAGAUUCAAAUCAAUUAAAUCAAAAUUUACAAGAUUAGAAUGAAUAUAAUUAAAAUGAAUUAGAUUUAAAUGUAGAGAAUUAAAAUGAAUUAGAUCAAAAUUAAUAAGAUUAGAAUGAAUAAAAUUAAAAUUUAUUAAAUUAAAAUGAAGAAAAUUAGGAUUAAUAAGAAAUUUUUGAAGUAAAUCAAAAUUCAUUAGAGGAAAAUGAAUUAACUCAAAAUCAAUAUGAUAAAAAUGAAUUAGAUUAAAAUUAAUAAGAUUUAUAAGAACAAUAAUAUAACGAACAUCAUUAAGAGAAUUUAACUUCAGAUUAAAAUAUUAGUUAGGAUUCUGUUGAUGUUGGUGUAAAUUCUUAAUAAUAAUAAGUUGAAUUAGAAAAUGUUUAAGAUCUUGAUUCUCAAAUUUAAGAGGAAUCAUCAUCUGUUGAAAAAGGUGAUGAAUCUAUAAUUAUUGAAUCAUCAGAAAGAACAAUAUAAAAAAAUGAUCAAGAUUAUGAGGAGAAAGAAAAUAAUGAAUAAAUUAAUACUGAUCUUGAAAAAUCCUAAUUGAAUAAAAAUUUAUAAGAGGAAAUAAGUAAUAAUAAUGAUUAAUAGUAAGAUUAAGAUUAAGUUUUAUAAGUUGAUGAAUAAAGUGAUAAAUUAGUAAAUUAAGAAAUUCAAUAAGAAAAUUAAGAUUAAAAUGAAUAAUAAGUUUAAGUCGAAUAAAUUUAAAAUGUAUAAUAAGAUUAAAUAAAUAAUUAAAUUUAUCAAGAGGAAUAAUAGAAUCCAACAGAAACAUAAGAUUAAAAGGAGUAAUAAUUAAUAAAAUAAGACUAAGAUGAAUUAUAAGAAUAGACAGAUUAAAUUAUAUAAGAAGAUAAUAAUAAAGAAAUUGUUGAUGAUUAAAAUAAUUAUUAAGUGGAAAAUACAUAAUCUUAAGAAUCUGUGAUGGAAAAUAAUGUAGAGACAUCAGAUUAUCUUGAAGAAGUUCAAGAAGCAGAGAGAUUACAAAAGAUAAGAAAAGUAGAAGAUAUGAUUGAAGAAGAAAAAGAGAUUAAAUAAGAAUUAGAAUAAAAAAAAAUAGAUGAUGAACAGAAAUUACAAGAAUUAGAAGAUUAAGAGAAAAAAUUAAUUAAUGAAAAACAGAAGGAAGAAUAAGAAAUUGAAGAAGUCUAAAAAUAAAUUGAUUAAGAAUAAACUGAAUUGUAAUAGUUUGAAUCAGGAAAGACUGAAUAAUAAUUAGAAUAAGAUGUUAUAUCUAAUUAAGAUGAAUAAUAAUUUUAAGAGACAAUAAAAGAGGAUGAAAAUGUUGAGAUAGAUGAUAAACAAAUAGAGAAUUAGAAUGAGCAAUAAUAAUAAUAAUAAUAAUAAUAAUAAUAAUAAUAAUAAUAAUAAUAAUAAUAAUAAUAAUAAUAAUAAUAAUAAAAUGAAGUUGAAAAUGGAAAGACAAUAAUUGAAGAAAGUACAGAUGAACCAUUAGUCAUAAAUUUAGAUAAUAAUGGUAGCAUAAAAUUAGAAGAUGAAACUUUAGAAAAUGGAUUUAAUAUUGGUGAAUAUGAAAGAUAAUAACAUAGAAGUGAAGAAAAGACUUAAUCUGAUAAUGUUAAUUAUUCGAAAAGUAAUGAAUUAUUUCAUCAUAAUGAUUAUACAACUUAAAUAAUAAAUGAUGAAUAAGAAUAAGUUAUUGAAUAGUCAACAAUAAAUUUAUCUGAUUAAUAAUAAUCUGAUUUACAAAAUGAAGAUAUUUAAUUUGAUCCCUAAAUUCAAAUUAACUAAGAAGUUUUAAUUAAUGAUAAUUCAAAUGAUUUAAUUUCCAAUACAUUAAUCAAACAAGAAUCUGCUAAUUCAAAUGAUCAAACUUAAAUCAAAUAUAUAGAGAAGGAUAUUAAUUAAAAUCAAUUUAAGGAAACAGAACUUAAAUAAUAAGAUUAACCCAUUUAUAUAGAUGAUCAAAAUGAAAUAAAUGAUCAAAGUUAAGAUAAAUUUUUAAAUCAAAAUUCUAUUGAUUCAUCAGUAAAUUAACAAUAGGAAGAUUUGAAAAAAGAAAUAGAUAUUGUAAAUGAAAAUAUUUAAGAAAGUAAAUUGAAGUAAGAACCUUUUCAAGAAGAUACUUCGAAUUAAGAAAUUGAUACUCCUAAUUUAAUUCCUGUUGAUGAAAUACAAAAUUAAAAUUCUUCUAAUACAUUUGAUUAAGAACUUUAAUAUGAAGAAAAUUAAGAAAAUGAAUAAGUAGAAUUUAAUGUUUCAGAUUCAUCUUCUGAUGUUAAAUAAAAAAAUAAUGAAUAGGAUUUAGUUAAUGCAAAAUCACAUAUCAUAAAUGAAGGUCCAACUUAAAAUCAAUUUAAAGAUUCUUCAAAUAUACUUACAGGCAAUAAAUUGCAUUCCAUUUCUCAAUUGCAAUAAGAUAUGAAAAUAAAUGAUACUAUUAAGAUUGAAUAAAUUGAUUUAGAAACUAAAUAAGAUUAAUCCAUCCCAAAAAAAACUUUAACCCAUUAGAAAGGAUAGAAAAGUAAUUUUAUACAAUUAGAAGAAAAUGAAAUUGAUUAUAAUGAAGAAUAAUUUGAAAUUUUUAUGGCAUAAAAAAAAUAAUAAGAAUAAUUAGAAAAAGAGAAAAAAAGAAAGAAAUAAAAAGCAAGAGAAGAAAAAUUAAGAAAAUUAGAAGAAGAAUAAUUAUAAUAAAAAUUAUUAUAAUAAAAAUAAUAAUAAGAAAUGUUAAAAUAAUAAUAAUAGUUGAUUGAAUUAUAAAAUUAAUAGUUAAUCAACAAAUAAAAGUAUAGGAUGGCUAUAAAACAGAAUAAUUAAGUUGAUUUAGAGAAUAAAAAUAAUAAAGAUGAUAAUUUUGCCCAUCAACAAAAACAGUAAUCAUAAAUAUAAUUAUUAAAUUAAUAAAUUGAUACAGAAUUUUCAUUUUAGUAAAUUAUUUCAAAGGUAGAAAAGGAAGAGAGAAAAGGAUAAAAAUAAUUAAGAAAUAAUUAAAAACACGUUAAAAAUUCAGAUAUCAAUUUCUUUUAAUUGACUGAAAGUAAUUAUAUUUUUAAUAAUUAGAAUAAUAAUAAAAUAAGAUGUCCUUAUAAUCUUAAGAUUUAUUUGAAGCCAUUAAAUAAGAAAUUAAAGAAUGUGAUGAAAAUAACUAUACAAUUCAUUUAUGUUAAUUAUGUUAAAGUGAUGUAGUAUAUGAAAUAAAUGAUGAUAACUGGUACCUAAUAGGAAUUGCAUAUGGGUUGAAGUAUUAAAAUUAAUAAAUUAUAAAAGGAGACAUUUCUAAAAUCUUUUAAACACUGUUUAAUAUCACUUCAAGAAUUCUAAAAUAUAUACUUCUUUUAAUAAAGAAUAAUAAGUUUGUUUAACAUUAGGAGAUUAAUUUGAAAUUGAAAACUUAGAAGAAAUACUUAGUUACUAUAAUAAUCAGACAAUUCCUAAAAAUUCUUAAUUUUUAAGAAUUCCUUAAAAAGUAAUUCUAUUUUUGAAAUUAUUUCAAGAUUAAGGCUAAUUUUGCCUAAAUGAAAGUUGAUUUGAACCAACAUAAAUUUAUGAAUUUUAGUUUAAAUGCUGAAAUAAAAAAUUAAUAACGUUUCAAUGGAUUUACUGUGACAGAGUAACAAAUUAAAAUUUCCAAUAAUUUUGAUUACACUCAAUCUGGUGGUAUCUUAUAUCAUGAAUAAUUGCUUCCCUAUAAAUUAAAUGUCUAAUCCAAUGGUAUUGAAAAUAUGAAACUGGAUUUAAAUCCACAAAUUUACGAAAAGGUUUUAUAGAACUAUUUAGCAAAAUAUUAUAUGCAAUAGAUUUAAGUUACAUAUAGAGACAACUUAAAUAGCAAUUUUAAUGUUAUUGAUAAUGAAGAAGUCUUAGAAAUUGAAAUUACAAUAUCAAAAUGA